UUCUGUCUGGGCACGUUGCAUUUCGUGGAUGUACUUUGAAAAUGCUAAUAGUAAAUAUCCUGUGGUUCGGUCUCUGGAUCGUUCCUCAGGCAUUUGCCGCGGAUUCUUGUGCAGGACAAUCGUUUGGAUAUAGAUCAGCGGACCCAACAGAUCCUCACGCGUAUUUUCUCUGCCUGGGCUUCCUCGGACAGAUAAGAAACACCUGCCAAGACGGAUUGCGGUUCAGCGUGCACGACCAAAGCUGCGUGCAUGGAGGCAAGCCAAGUUCUGGCAGUUCACAAGCAGAAAAGGAUACCACCAUCCACCAAAACGUGUUCAUUGACAGGCCGCUAAUAUUCAAUUUCUUCGGUAACCUAUGGGGCAGCUCUCCACGGCCGUCUCCUUCUCUGUCGCAACCGCAACCCCUGAUCGCACCCGAUCAGCAUCAAGACCCGCUACCCAGCGGAAGUUUGUCAGCCUUAAGUGAAGUCAUUUCUUCCCCCCAUGAGAACAAGCCUGCCCCUGAUGAGGCAGCAUCUACCUCGUCAAGGGUUGAAGAGAGAUGCCGCUUUUUACCAAAUGGCGCCUUCAUAAGGGACUCCAAGAAAUGCGGAGUUUUUUACGUGUGUGCCAAUGGGAACGCCAUCAUCCGAUGCUGUCCAGAGGGUCUCUAUUUCGACAUCGAGAAAAGUUACUGCAAUUUUCCAAGUAUGGUCGACUGCUCGGAAGAACCACUAACUACUAUACCACCCCCUCCUGAAAGUUCGACAAAGACAAAUAGUCCAAGCUCUAAAGAACCAUCAUCCACGAAACCAACAUCCACAGAACCUUCUGUGAAAAGUUCGACGGAACCAAAUAGAUCCAGUUCUGAAGAACCGUCAUCCACGGAACCAUCAUCCACAGAACCUUCUUCGGAAAGUACGACGGAGCCAAAUAGCUCCAGUUCUGAAGAACCAUCAUCCACGGAACCAUCCUCCACAAAAGUUUCUCCGGAAAGUUCGACGGAUCUAAAUAGCUCCAGUUCUGAAGAACCAUCAUCCACGGAACCAACAUCCACGGAACCUUCUUCGGAAAGUACGACGGAGCCAAAUAGCUCCAGUUCUGAAGAACCAUCAUCAACGGAACCAUCAUCCACGGAACCAUCAUCCACAGAACCUUCUUCGGAAAGUUCGACGGAUCCAAAUAACUCCAGUUCUGAAGAACCAUCAUCAACGGAACCAUCAUCCACAGAACCUUCUUCGGAAAGUACGACGGAGCCAAAUAGCUCCAGUUCUGAAGAACCAUCAUCCACGGAACCAACAUCCACAGAAACUUCUUCGGCAAGUACGACGAAGCCAAAUAGCUCCAGUUCUGAAGAGCCAUCAUCCACGGAACCAUCAUCCACAGAAACUUCUUCGGAAAGUUCGACGGAUCCAAAUAACUCCAGUUCUGAAGAACCAUCAUCAACGGAACCAUCAUCCACAGAACCUUCUUCGGAAAGUACGACGGAGCCAAAUAGCUCAAGUUCUGAAGAACCAUCAUCCACGGAACCAUCAUCCACAGAAGCUUCUUCGGCAAGUACGACGGAGCCAAAUAGCUCCAGUUCUGAAGAACCAUCAUCCACGGAACCAACAUCCACAGAAACUUCUUCGGCAAGUUCGACGGAGCCAAAUAGCUCCAGUUCUGAAGAGCCAUCAUCCACGGAACCAUCAUCCACAGAAACUUCUUCGGAAAGUUCGACGGAUCCAAAUAACUCCAGUUCUGAAGAACCAUCAUCAACGGAACCAUCAUCCACAGAACCUUCUUCGGAAAGUACGACGGAGCCAAAUAGCUCCAGUUCUGAAGAACCAUCAUCCACGGAACCAACAUCCACAGAACCUUCUUCGGAAAGUACGGCGAAGCCAAAUAGCUCCAGUUCUGAAGAGCCAUCAUCCACAGAACCAUCAUCCACAGAACCUUCUUCGGAAAGUACGACGGAUCCAAAUAGCUCCAGUUCUGAAGAACCAUCAUCCACGGAACCAUCAUCCACAGAACCUUCUUCGGAAAGUACGACGGAGCCAAAUAGCUCCAGUUCUGAAGAACCAUCAUCCACGGAACCAACAACCACAGAAGCUUCUUCGGAAAGUACUUUGGAUCCAAAUAGCUCCAGUUCUGAAGAACCAUCAUCCACGGAACCAACAUCUACAGAACCUUCUUCGGAAAGUACGGCGGAGCCAAAUAGCUCCAGUUCUGAAGAGCCAUCAUCCACGGAACCAUCAUCCACAGAACCUUCUUCGGAAAGUACGACGGAGCCAAAUAGCUCCAGUUCUGAAGAACCAUCAUCCACGGAACCAUCAUCCACAGAACCAUCAUCCACGGAACCAUCAUCCACAGAACCUUCUUCGGAAAGUUCGACGGAUCCAAAUAGCUCCAGUUCUGAAGAACCAUCAUCAACGGAACCAUCAUCCACGGAACCAUCAUCCACAGAACCUUCUUCGGAAAGUACGACGGAGCCAAAUAGCUCCAGUUCUGAAGAACCAUCAUCCACGGAACCAUCAUCCACGGAACCAUCAUCCACAGAACCUUCUUCGGCAAGUACGACGGAGCCAAAUAGCUCCAGUUCUGAAGAACCAUCAUCAACGGAACCAUCAUCCACGGAACCAACAUCCACGGAACCAACAUCCACAGAAGCAUCAUCCACAGAAGUCUCUCCAGGAAGUUCGCAGGAUCCAAAUAGCUCCAGUUCUGAAGAACCAUCAUCCACGGAACCAUCAUCCACAGAAGCUUCUUCGGAAAGUACGACGAAGCCAAAUAGCUCCAGUUCUGAAGAACCAUCAUCCACGGAACCAUCAUCCACAGAACCUUCUUCGGAAAGUACGACGGAGCCAAAUAGCUCCAGUUCUGAAGAACCAUCAUCCACGGAACCAUCAUCCACAGAAGUUUCUCCGGAAAGUACGACGGAGCUAAAUAGCUCCAGUUCUGAAGAACCAUCAUCCACAGAACCUUCUUCGGAAAGUACGACGGAGCCAAAUAGCUCCAGUUCUAAAGAACCAUCAUCCACGGAACCAUCAUCCACAGAACCUUCUUCGGAAAGUACGACGGAGCCAAAUAGCUCCAGUUCUGAAGAACCAUCAUCCACGGAACCAUCAUCCACAGAACCAUCAUCCACAGAACCUUCUUCGGAAAGUACGACGGAGCCAAAUAGCUCCAGUUCUGAAGAACCAUCAUCCACAGAACCUUCUUCGGAAAGUACGACGGAGCCAAAUAGCUCCAGUUCUAAAGAACCAUCAUCCACGGAACCAUCAUCCACAGAACCUUCUUCGGAAAGUACGACGGAGCCAAAUAGCUCAAGUUCUGAAGAACCAUCAUCCACGGAACCAUCAUCCACAGAAGCUUCUUCGGAAAGUACGACGGAGCUAAAUAGCUCCAGUUCUGAAGAACCAUCAUCCACGGAACCAACAUCCACAGAACCUUCUUCGGCAAGUACGACGGAGCCAAAUAGCGCCAGUUCUGACGAACCAUCAUCCACGGAACCAUCAUCCACAGAACCAACAUCCACAGAACCAUCAUCCACAGAAGUUUCUCCGGGAAGUUCGCCGGAUACAAAUACCUCAAGUUCUGCAGAACCAUCAUCAACAGAAGUUUCUGCGGAAAGUUCGCCGGAUCCAAAUAGCUCCAGUUCUGAAGAACCAUCAUCCACGGAACCAACAUCCACAGAACCUUCUUCGGAAAGCACGACGGAGCCAACUAGCUCCAGUUCUAUAUCAUCUACCGAAAAAUCAGCUGAAAGUUCUCCCGUAAUCGAAGUAGCUCCAUCAUUGCCCGUCCCUAGACCAAUCGAACCAAUUUCGCUCUCCAACCGUCCAGUUAUUGAUGGUUCCAAGACCGAGCCACUGAAUUCGGGGGGAAUCAAACAAUCGCAGCAUGAUCGCUUACUGAGCACAACGUCAGGGGGUUCUUCGCAAUUCCAAGAAAGGACAGACUGCACUUUCCUCCCAACGGGAGCAUUCCUAAGGGACCCUACGUCGUGUAACAAGUUUUACGUGUGUUUAAAUGGAAAGGCUAUUCCCCGUCGCUGUCCCAGUAUUCUCAACUUUGAUAUAAAGAAGAAAGUUUGUAAUUUCCCCAGCCUCGUGGAUUGCUCUAUUGAUGGCGUCCAAGUCUCCCUCCUCAAGACACUCACGGAGCACUCCAAUAAGAAAGUGGAACAGAAAAUGAUCUUUGACUGCACAUCGCUUCCAAAUGGUGAAAAUGUGCGAGAUCUGAAUUCGUGCAGCAAAUUUUAUGUCUGCGCCAACGGCCGCUCGAUACCCCGUCAAUGUCCGCAGGGUCUGAAUUAUGAUAUCACAAGGAAGGUGUGCGAUGUACCCAGUCGUGUGGAUUGCUCUAUUGAUGGUGUCCAAGGGUCCGUGCUCAAGACACUCUCUAAGCACUCCAAUAAGAAAGUGGAACAGAACCCGAUCUUUGAAUGCACAUCGCUUCCAAAUGGUGAAUUUGUGCGAGAUCUGAAUUCGUGCAGCAAAUUUUAUGUCUGCGCCAACGGCCGCUCGAUACCCCGUCAAUGUCCGAAGGGUCUGAAUUUCGAUAUCACAAAGAAGGUCUGCGAUUUCCCCAGUCGUGUGGAUUGCUCGAUAGUCGAGGCUUUAGCUCCAACGGCAAGAAAACUCAACAUGAAAAACCAAAAUCUGGCUGGUAAAGGAUUACUAGUGAAGAUGUCUCACAAAUAGAGAGCUGAUCUUUGAUCUUUAUAUUUUACAGUACAAUAUUAUUAUAGGAACAUGGUAAAAGGGUUUUAACAUAGGGUUUAAUAGGAUAUAUUUGUAUGGUUAUUCUUAUAUUUUCUGAGUGGUUACUGAUAUAUUUACAUAUAUGCGUAAUUUUAAUUGAUAUGCACACUACUAAUUCUACUUCCGACUAUGAUAUAUUCAACGAAUAAAGGACCUACCAAC